AAAAACCCGUUACUUGUCGGAUGUCGCCCGGUGUACUAACUAAAAAAUCUACUACUUGUCCAAUGUCACCCGGUGUACUCACUAAAAAACUAAUACUCGUCCAAUGUCACCCGGUGUACUCACUAAAAAUCUACUACUUGUCCAAUGUCACCCGGUGUACUCACUAAAAAACUAAUACUCGUCCAAUGUCGCCCGGUGUACUCACUAAAAAUCUACUACUUGUCCAAUGUCACCCGGUGUACUCAAUAAAAAACUAAUACUCGUCCAAUGUCGCCCACUGUACUUCCUACUUAGAAGCGGCCCGAAAGAUGACGUGCGCUCACUGCUCGCUCACCGAAAGCCCGGUCCGAGUCUCACCUUUUCUUUCGUAGCACCACAAAUCCUCCGAAAUCCCCACGAAUAUGCCCACGCUCACAUUUGUCACGGGCAACCAGAACAAGAAGGCCGAGGUGGUGGCCAUUCUCGGCGGCGUGGACUCGGACAAAGGCUCCAAGGUCGGCGAAUACUACAUCGUCAACCAGAGCUUGGAUAUCGAGGAAGUGCAGGGCACCAUCGACGAGGUGACGGUCCACAAAGCCAAGGCCGCCGCCAAGCUCGCCGGGGGCCCUGUUUUGGUCGAGGACACGUGCUUGGCGUUUGCCGCAUUCAAUGACUUGCCGGGCCCAUACAUCAAGUGGUUUGUGCAAGGCGUGGGCCUCCAGGGCUUGGUCGACAUGCUCUACAAGUUCGAGGACAAAAGUGCCAAGGCCAUCUGCACGUUUGGAUAUUGCGAGGGCCCCGACAAGGAGGUCACGUUGUUCCAAGGAAUCACCCACGGCAAGAUCGUCGACAGCAGGGGCCCGCAGAACUUCGGGUGGGACGCGAUAUUCCAGCCCGACGGCUAUCACGAGACCUACGCGGAGAUGGACAAGAAGAUCAAGAACGGCAUUUCCCAUAGGUACAAGGCGUUGAAGCAGGUCCAGGACUUCUUGUUGCGCACGGGCCCAUGCUGAACAGGCCCGUGCUGAACAGGCCCAUGCUAAACUCUCUUCCUCGGGCGCCGCACGUAGACAUUAGCGUUUACUAG